AUGCUUUGACUGCUACCCACAUGAAAACAUAUUAAAUUAGGAUAGACUCUAAUUCUUGUUUCUGAUCUGAAUACAAUAAAGUCCAAUUCUUCUGUCAUUUGCUUAUCAUAAAUCACUCAGCAAUUUGCAGCUAAAUCUACAAAAACCCUUCACAAAAUCCACACAGUAAGAAAGACAUGGCUAAAUCUUCCGCGCCUGCCCAGUUCGAGUUAUUAGCAACCAAAACUGUCCAAGAGCAACUCAUAGAAGGAGAAGUACUGGUACCCCCACCGAAAUAUAUUCUCAAAGAUGGAGUUCCACUUCCAGAUGCUUCUGUUGAGUUCAUGGAUGUUCCAGUUAUUGAUCUUGGCCUCCUCACACCAUCCUCAAUCAGUAUGGAAGAAUUUGAAAAACUCAGAUCAGCUUUAAACAAAUGGGGUUGCUUUCAGGUAGUUAACCAUGGAAUGACUCCUGAAUUCCUUGACCAAGUCCGUGAAAUCACGAAACAGUUUUUUGCAAUGCCAGCGGAAGAGAAGAAGAAAUAUUUGAGGCCAGUCGACAAUAUUGAAGGAUAUGGGAAUGACAUGGUAUUUUCAGAGCAGCAAACACUUGAUUGGACCGACAGACUAUACCUUACAGUAUAUCCACCAGACAAGCACAAGCUAAAGUUUUGGCCUGAAAAUCCCAAAUCUUUCAGGGAUACUCUAGACCAAUAUACCUGUAAGUUACAGGUGAUAACAGAAACUGUCCUUAAGGGCAUGGCGCGGUCAUUGAAUUUGGAGGAAGAUUGCUUUCUGAAAAAGUAUGGAGAACAAAGGAAAAUGGAUGCUAGGUUCAACUUCUAUCCUCCAUGUUCUAGGCCUGAUCGCGUACUCGGUACCAAGCCACAUGCAGAUGGAACAUUAAUAACCCUUCUGUUGCAAGAUAAAGAAGUGGAAGGUCUUCAAUUUAUGAAAGAUGACCGAUGGUAUAGGGCUCCCAUUGUUCCGGAGGCGCUUCUCAUUAAUGUUGGUGAUCAAGCUGAGAUAUUGAGCAAUGGACUGUUCAAGAGUCCGGUGCACAAGGUUGUAACAAAUGCAGAGAAGGAGAGGAUAUCCUUGGCUGUGUUCUGUGUCCCGGAUUCAGAGACAGAGAUUGAACCCUUUGAAAGCCUCAUCAAUGAGUCAAGGCCAAGGUUGUACAAAAAGCUGAAGAACUACGUUGGCAUCUAUUUCGAGUACUACCAGCAGGGAAGAAGACCAAUUGAAGCAGCAAUAAUAUAACCUCUGGUUACGUAACUCUUAUGGCUUGUACCAAGAGACCAAUAAAGUUGUAUUGCUGAGAAGAUGGUGGCAUGAUUCCUAAGCAGAUACUGUUAUUUAAGUUUUCUUCUAUUUUAUCUUAACUUGGUUUUAACUUCUAAAGUUCUAAUUGGAUGAAGAUAUAAUUUUUGAAGCAUGAAAUGAAUAAAGAUCGUCAUUCAUACC